UUAACUUGGAAGAAGUGUCAGACAUUGUGUCACACAGGAAGUAAGACUUGGAUUCUAUUCUCAGAAAUACUGUUAUGUUGUGACAAGUGCAGCAGCUCAGCGCACUGUGAAGACAAACCCAUGUGAGUGUCCUGUUGGGAUUAGAAAACUCCACAAGGACUUUAGGGUUCAGCUUCUAUUCCUGAAAUUAUCACCACACUUUUCCAUGACCUGAUACAUCACCUAAUGUUCGCCUCUUCAGAUCGAAGGAAAGACGAGAAGCGCCGCUGAUAUUAUUGUUACGAUGGAAAACCAUGUCGUCAUCUAUGAGAAUAUCCCACCACAAAAACUCAAAACCAAAGUAGAUUUUCAGAAGAAAAAACUGACUUCUAGAUGUGCUAUUGUUUGUCUGGGGUUGACGUGUGCCGUCCUGUUUGCUGGUAACAUUGGACUGAUUGUCAUCUAUCAACUGCAGUCCAACAGUGACUGUGACAUCGGCUGGACCAAAUUCAAUGGCAGCUGUUACAUGGUUUCAUCCGGUAAAAAACCAUGGACAGACAGCAGGAAUGACUGCAAAGAUCGAAACGCUGAUUUGGUGACAAUAGAGAGUCCAGACGAACAGGCAUUUGUCAAUGGGUUGCUGAGGUCACGUGAACAUGCCUGGAUCGGUUUGACUAACAGGAUGACCGAGGAGUGGAAGCUGGAGUGGGAGUGGGUGGACGGGACCCCAGUCACUACUAAGUUUUGGGAGCCCAGCAAAUACAACUUGUUCAGAAGUUCGGUACUGUACUGUGGAGAACUUGUACAAACCUCAUCAAACGGAAAGUGGAAUGAUGAGUUCUGUUUUUCUCCUAACGUCUGGAUCUGUGAGAAAAAUAAGAUGAACAAGCUUUCUGGUGUACUUUCAUUAUUACUGUGUUUCUGUAACUCGUCAGAUCUGAAAUCAGUGCAACCCAUUAUUGAAGCUUUCAUCUCAAGGAAAGCAGCAGAAAACCUCACCGUCAGCAUUACAAGAAUGGAUUCCCAAGAAAGAAAUGACACCGAAUAUGAGAAGUUUGCAGUGGAGAACUUCAAUACCCAAGUGUUUAAUGUAGAGGAUUUUCAGAGGAGAAGGCGGAUCUACAGACGUGCUGUGGUGUGUCUGGGUUUGCUCUGUGUCGUCCUAUUGGCUGCAAACAUCGGACAGUUUGUGAACAAUAAGAUUCAAAACCGUCCGGAGUUGGGAGACCAUCCCAAAAUUGAGGCACUCAGCGCAGAGAAAGACCAACUGUGGCGCAACUGGACCACCAUUCAGACCCAGAACCAACAGUUACAUCUGCAGAAUCGGAUCCUGACGUUAGAGAAAGAAGAACUGCAGAGGAAUUACACCACAGUCCAGAGUCAAAAUGAGCAGCUGCAGACAGGAAGAGAUCAGUUACAGAAGAUGGUGAAUGUGAUGAAAGUAAAAAUCAAUGGUAUGUCCUGUGAAACAGGGUGGAGCAAGUUUGGUAUGAACUGCUACUAUGAUUCUGUCACUGAGUUAGACUGGGUGCACAGCAGAUUGGUUUGUCUCAGUAUGGGAGCGGAUUUGGUCAGUAUCAACACCGCAGAGGAACAGGCCUUUAUCAAUGGACUGCUGAGUCCCCAAGUGAACGCCUGGAUUGGUCUGAAUGACAUUCACAGUGAAGGGAAGUGGAAGUGGGUGGACGGGACCGCGGUCACUACUACGUUCUGGGGACCCGGGCAGCCCAACAGCUACAAUGGAACAAACCAGGACUGUGGAGAACUUGUAGAAAACUCAUUAAUGGGGCAGUGGAAUGAUGAGGACUGUUCUGCUGAAAAUAUCUGGAUUUGUGAGAAAUAAGAUGAUCAAGCUUUAAGGGGUUCUAUGUAGUACUAAUAUCCCAAACUCUCAACCACAGGAAGUCACGUACCAGAAUACAGGACUACCAGAACCACCAACAAAUCAAUGCUAUGCACCCACAGACUGUACCGCUCACUGAAUAAAGAAUUAAGCUCAUUGUUUCUACACAUCUGUAUUAUGGUAUCAUCAAGUUCUCUUCUUCAAACUAAAACUCACAGUUGCUUAUUUUAACAGUCGGUCAAAAAUAACACUGUGUCUUAGAAUCUGCAUGUGCUGUGUGUGCUGAUAGUUUACAUUAGAGCUCUGUUAGCUUAGCUCUGUUAGCUUAGCGCUGUUUUUAGAUGGAAAACAGUCACAGUAAAACCACAAAUCACCCUUUUCU